AUGUCACGCUCAUCCUCCAUCCUCCCUACGAUCCUCUGUCUUCACGGGACCGGCACCUCCGGCGACAUCUUCUCGGCACAAACGCGAAAUCUCCGAGCUGCCUUGAAGUCACAAUUCAAAUUCAUCUUCAUAGACGCCCCCUAUCCUUCUUUACCAGGCCCUGGAGUUGUGCCCGCAUAUGUGGACUCUGGGCCUUUCUACAGUUGGUUUUCUCCCCACGCAAACGACUCGUUGGAAUCCGUGGCCGAGGAGUUUGUGAAUUGCAAUGAGCAAAUCAAAAAGUCGUUGAGAGAAUUGAAUGUCGAGCCCUCGAGUAUCACAGCCGUGAUGGGAUUCUCCCAAGGCACUAUUGUAGCAUCAAUGUUGCUUGGUCAAGCCCAAUAUCACAGUGUGGAAUGGGCAUCUACCAACGUCGAUAUCGCAGAUGUGCCUUGGGCUGGUUUGCGCUUUGGCGUUUUGCUUUCAGGAUCCUGCAGCGAUGGGGUGGUGACGGCGUUUAUGGGCAAGAAACUGCAAUUACCUUGUGUGCAUUUGCACGGAUUGCAGGAUCCGUUUCUGGAGCAUGCGAGGAUGUUGCAUACCAAGAUCUAUCAUGCCACUUCAUCGGAUGUGGUUGAGUUUGAUGGCGGACACAAUAUUCCUGGAAGUAAGGCGGAUCUGGAUAGACUGGUUGCUUUGAUACGUGGGCUCAACAGGAAGACGAAGGUUAAGGGUUGGGUGAAGAGGAGGUAA